AUGACUACUCGGCCAAACGAAUACCAGCGCGUUGCGUCGCAUGGGCGCGGAGGUGCUGGCAACAUCGCAAAAGACGACCCUACCAAUUACCCAAAGCCUGAGGACCUCGUCACCCCAACGCUUAAGUCGGACAAAUACACCACCGGCCGAGGUGGCACUGGCAACAUGGCGACGAACGAUCCCCAGCACCCUGAACUUGCACGCGCUGCUCAGGAUGUCGAAAGCAAACCUCAUCCAGAGCCCCAAGGUCCCAAACACUACGGUCGUGGAGGUGCCGCAAACAUUAUCGGCGACGCACAACCUGCGCAACGAAAGAGUGCCGAGGCUAAGCGCAAGAGCGAGGACUCUAAGCGCGAGGAUAACGGAAAGGGCCUGCUCGGCAAGGGCAAAGACUUGUUGAACAAGCUGGGCAAGAAAUAG